CUUAUAUGUGUUCAUGUAAAAUUUUUGCAUUUGAUCAUGGAUAGCAAUGAAGAUUCAGUUUAUAUUUAACAUUUCUACAAACUCUCUAGUCUCUGGCAAAAAUUUAAGUUUAUCUGUCAUCAAAGUGUUUACUUAAAAAAAUAAUUUAGUAGUUUAUGGAGCGAUGGCUGUCAUCGAGUUUUAUUUUACUUUAAUAGAAAAUAAGAAAAGAAGCUUUGAGUGCACAUAAAAUGAAAAUAUUUUCGUGAAUCAUGUACAUGUUUUACAACUUCCCUCUAGGUAUAAGUGAAAUAAUCAUAUGUCUGUAUUUAGAACCAUUAGUGAUGUUUAGUGAAAAAGCUUGUUAAGUUCCGACGAUGGCGUCCGAUGGUGAAAUUUCGUGUGCGAAUGAUCCCAAUUUCGCUGUUAUUUACUCAUUUCUAAAAACAUUUGGCAAAUUGUACGGCUUGGAUGUUCCUACGAUAUCUAAAUUACAAGAAUUCAUAGAGAAUACACAAGAAGUAUCGGAUCCGUUGAAGGAGUUACACUUGAGACUUCUGCGUCGUGCUCAUAAAUCGGUGCCGAGCAACAGAUGGGAGAGGUUUAUGAUAAAGUUCUGCCACCAACAAGGUCACCACCAGGAAGCCUGGGAGAUCGAGAGGUUCUCUUACAAGAAAGCUAGCACACAAGUCAAAUUGAAAGUAUUGAAGCUGUUACUAGAGUUCCAAUUUACUUGCCACCAAAAAUUUAAGAAUGCUGUCAAUGCUAUAUCAUGUAAGGAGUUGAGGUUGGAUCCUAUUGGCAGAGACAAGAAUGGCUGUGUGUACUGGCUGCAAGUGGACCAUGAGGCCAACUUAUGUUUGUAUAAAGAAGACCAGGAUGAGGAAACAUGGCAGCUUGUAGCUAGGAGUAGAGAAGAACUGGUGAAAGUCAUAUCACAGUUGAAGAGUGGGGAAGAUAUUGGUCCUUUAUCUGCAUCUAAUCCUAAUGUAAAUGAAGAUUCUAAUAGUGCUGAGGUUCCACAGUUGGAGACCAACAAAUCAGAGGCUGAAGAAGAAAACGAAGAAGAGUUCCUAAGUCCAGAAUCUGAAUCAGAACAUGAAACUGAAGAACAAAAGGAUAAACAACCACUUUCAGAUAAAAAGGAUACAGGCCCAGAUGACACUACUGACACUAAAGAAGAAAGUAGUGUAGAGGCUACUGUCACACGUAAUUCUCCCGCUAAAGCCACAGAACCUGAACAACCCAUUAAAGACAUAGAAGUAGAGAAAGCAGAAAUAUCGCAACCAGCAGAAGAAUCACAAGAAUCAACAAUAGAAAAUGAGGCUGUCGAAAAAGAUGAAGUUGUAGAAGAAAAGGUUGAACCACAGGAAAAAGAAAAAUCUGUAGAAAAGGAACCAGAGGCAUUAGAAAAACCAGCAACACCUCCUGUAGCAAAAGAAGCUGAAAAACCAGCUGCAUUUGAAAUGGCUGAAGUAGAUGAAAUACCAGUCAGUCCUAAAGCUGUAGAAAACCCCCAAGUUGCAGAAACAACUGACUCGAAAGAAGAAAGUCUAGAAGAGGUAAGUAAAGAACAAAAAGAUGAUGAAGUAGGUGAAGCCAUAGAGGAACCUGUUAUGUUGGUAACUGGUGAAGGCAGUGGAGCUGACUGUGAAAGCUCAUACAUCAUAGGUGAAGAAAUUUCAGAACCAGUCAUGUAUUUCUAUGGCGAAGGUUGGGGCUACGACAAUGAUACGGGUAACCCCGAAACCAUUGAACAAGCCAACAGUCCAGAAGAAAACUCCGCUGAAGAAAACGGGACUGAAGAAUGCCUCAACGGUGAUGUUCACGAACUUUCGAAUUCAAGCAAUAAAACUAAAUUAGGAAAAAGUGUUAAGUUAAAAAGUAGUGUACCCUCAGUUACUAAAAGAACUUUGAAAAAACAAUCCAAUGACACCACAGAAGUAUUAAACACGGACCCUAAAAAACCUUGUGUGCGCGAUCUAGAACAAUCAGAUGGCUCUAAUUCAGCAAAAAAUAAUGAAAACGACUUAAAAAGAGAAGCUAGUGUCAACGACAAAAGUACUACAGAUAGUGAAAGUCCUAAAAAGAAUAACGCUAAGAAAGGGAGGCGUAAAGUUAAAAAGAAAAGCAAUCUCGCCAGAACUUUAAAACUAAAUAAAAGCACAGAGUUAGUGAAUGCAGAGACUGAUAAUUCUCACGAUAGUAAAACAAGUAUCAUAGAGAAGAGAAAAAGCAGUGUAUCUUCUGUUGAUCAAGAGGAUACAGUCAACACCGAGAAUGAGAAAGAAAAGAGUCCUGAUAAAGAACUUAAAGUAGAAGACCCCUUACCUCCUAAGAAGUUACGGUUAGAAACAACACCAGAGAGUGAUGUAAGCACACAUUCCAAGGAAAUAGGAGAUAACGUAGAUAACGGCGAAACUAAUAAAGACACUUUGAAUAAUGUUGAAAGUAAUCCAAUAGCGCAGCGGAAGAAAAUAAAGGCGAAUAAAGGAAAGUUCAAAAGAAAAAAGAUCGUGAAAAAGGUCGAAGAUGAUGCUGAAAAAGGCAGUGACAAAGAAAUUGUAACUGACAAUGGUAAGAAAGAGUGUAAGUCUUUGAAAAGGUCUCUAUUAGAUGCUACUAUGAGCGAUAAGAAUAAAUCAGAAUCUCAAAGUGAGAGCGAAGAUGACGAACCUAUAACCAGUGGGAAACGACUCAAAAUCAAACCUAAGAAAAUCAGCACAACCACUAGAAAAAAAGUAGAAGCGAAACUUUUAGAAAAGCAAUCAAGUGACGAAUCUGAGGAAGAGACUCUCUAUAGUAUAGCUGGCAAGAAAUCAUCAAAGAAGUUGAUAAAGAAGAAGAACAAAGACAAAGGCAAGCCCAACAAGGACAAGGACAAGGCCCGCGGUCGCGGCGGGUCGGACGAGUCGGACGCGGCGCCCGUGCGGCAGUCGCGCAGGAUCGCGCAGAUGAAGAUCAAGGAGGAGGCCGAGAGGAGGCACAUGGAAGAGGUGGCCUUGCGGGAGAUGAAGAAGAUACAUAAGAAGAAGAACAAAGACGACGACGAGGAGGAGGAGUGGCGCGCGAGCGGCGCGAGCAGCUCGUGCGGGUCGCGGCGGCGGCGCCACGCCCAGUGGCGCUCCGACCACUCCACGGGGCCCGAGCCCGACUCCGACUCCGACGAGCCGCUGUUCGAGCUGCACGACGAACCCGACCUGGUUUUCAACAAAUCGGAUCACGAAUUCUCACCGGAAUCUGACUUGGAGACCGACGAACCGGUCGAACCAAUGAAACGUGCGCGAACUUUACAAGAAGACGCGGAGGACGCGGGUGGGUUCUGUCAGCGCUGCGGCAGCGGCGAGCAGCCGGAGUGGAUCCUGCUGUGCGACAAGUGCGACGCCGGGUACCACGCCAGCUGCCUCAAGCCGCUGCUGCUGCUCGUGCCCGAGGGCGACUGGUACUGCCCGCCCUGCAACCAUGAUAUGUUGAUAGCAUCUUUAGAAGCGGAACUGGUGAAAUACGACGAGCUAGUAGUCGUAGUAGAAGCUGAGAGAGAAAGAAAGAAGCAAGAAGAGCCGGAGCCGGUGAUUGAGAAGGAGUCGGAAGAGGAGAAGGAGACUCAACAGGAGAACGAUGAAGAUAAAUCCAGUGAUGUCAGUGCAAGCAGCGAUUGGUCAUCGACGUCAGAAGAAGAAGCGGUGUACCGUCUGCGCGCGCGCAAGCAGCUGCCCGUCAGCUACCGCAGCCAGGAGUACGACAGGCUCAUCAGCUCUGCCAUCAAGGAGGAAUACGUAGAAGCAACAACUAGUGCAGGAAACCAAGGACGCGGGAAGGACAUAUCGACGAUCAUAGAGGCCGCUGAGGAGGAAAAGAUGAAGGCUGAACGAGAGGCUUUGGAACAGGGUAAACCUGUUGAGAAAAAAUCAAAGAAGAAACUGCGACGGAAACCUAGGAAACUUAACUCUCUGGAGGUACCGUCUGAAGAUGAUGACGAAACUGAUGAGGACUUCAAAGAUACCGGUGGUUUUAGUAUGGAUUCUUCAUCUGAAAUCUCGUCUUCGGCCGAGCGUGAGAGCUCCAGCGAUUCGAGGUCGUCCGACUCGCUGCCUAUACGACGGACAUGUAGAUCUGAUAAAAAAGGAGAACGAACAAAAAUGACAGAAUCAUCACCUGAAGUGAAGAAAAAGAAGAAAGGAGUUUUGGAUGACAGUUCGAGCGAGUCGGCUGGUGCCAAAGAGUGGUCCUCGAAGUCUAAAUCAUCAAAAUCCAAAUCUCGUCCUCCAAAACUGAAGCGUCGUGAUAAAAGCAAGAAGUCUCGCAAGCGCAGCGGUCUGACGCAAUACGACGCGGACGGUAACGUGAUACGAGCGCGAGUUACUUACGGCGGCCUCAGCGACGACCUCAACGACUGGUCGCCCAAACAUCGCACGCGACAGAAGAAGAUCAACUAUACUGAGAUGCCUAACACUGAGUCGGAGGAUGAAAUGCACAAAUCAAGUGGCAAACACAUGCCGGACAGUUCAGACGAAUACAAAGUCGACACCGACGCUACAACUGACUCCGACGACGAGAAAGCGAAGCGCAAAAAGGCGGAAGAGGCAGAACUAGAGGGACAGACAAGCGAGGAGAAGAGGAAGGCCAUCAGCGACCUUAUCAAGAAGACUGCUGUAGUGCCGCUAGAGAAACUGCCCGAGGAUGUCACGAGGGCCAAAACUGAAGAACUGCAAGCGCAUUUGAAUGCCCAAGCAGCUAUGAAUGCUGCUGCUCGUCCAAAUCGCGGUAGAGGCAGCAGGGGCGGACGUGGUAGCAGAGGCGCGCGCUCGUCCCGCGGCUCGCGCGGCGCCGCGCCCGACGACGCGCUCGCCAAGCUCAUCGGGGUCAAGAUCAAGGAUUUGAGGACUGAUGGCUCACCAACCAAACCUAACCAAGUGGAAAGAGAAAAGAAACGUCAAGAGCGAGAAGCGAAACGGGCUGAACGUGAAGCUAAGAAACAGGAAAGAAUUCAAAAGAGGGAAGAAAAGGAAAAGAUGAAAGAACAGAAAGCUAAAGAGCGAGAGGAGAAGAGACUAGCUCGAAUCGCGAUGCAGGAGAGCAAGCGGUUGAAGAAGGAGAAGAUGGAGUUCUCCCCGCCGCCGCUGGGCUCCGGGCUCGGGGGCGCGCUGGGGGGCUUCCCCCCGCGGGCCCCGCUGCCCUACCGCGAGCCCCCGCGGUACCCCGCCGCGCCGCGCCUGCAGGUGCGUGCGGAGUUACGCGGCGUGCUGUCGGCGGAAGAGCGCGCGCAACACUCCGCGCGACCCGACCAGGCCGCCGCGCUCAGAGAGGGUACGCUUUCAGUAGCUGGUUCGCCUCAACCCUUCAAGCCGAUCACGGAGGAGCCCAGCAUCAUCACGCGGAUGCCGCACAUGAUCAACCAACAAUACAGGGGUCCGAUGAUGUACCCCGGCGGCGGGUCGUACGGGCCGCGCGGACAGAACAUGUCCAUGUACGGGCUGCACCCCGGCGCGAGGCAGUUCCCGCAGUACUACGGACACGUGCGCCAUCCCGCCGGGUACCCGCCGCGCGGACCCUACCCGCCCGCCACCUCGCCCGCGCCCCCGGGACACGGGCCGCCGCCCGGACACGGCCCGCCUCCCGGACACGGCCCGCCUCCCGGACACGGCCCACCGCCCGGACAUGGCCCGCCUCCUGGUCACGGCCCACCACCCGGACACGGCCCACCUCCGGGCCACGGGCCGCCUCCUGGACAUGGCCCACCUCCCGGACACGGAGCACCGCCACGACACGGACUGCCGCCCGGACACGGUCCGCCACCAGGACACGGUCCUCCACCUGGACAUGGCCCGCCACCUGGACAUGGCCCGAUGCCUUCUGGCCAUGGCCCACCAAACUCGAAUCACGGUCCAAGCGGCCCAGGACACGGGCCGCCUCGGCCUGGUCAUGGACCUUCACCACCCGGCCACAGACCUCCAUCUGGUCAUGGACCAUCGCCUCCCGCCCACGGUCCACCACCUGGACAUGGCCCAUCACCAGGUCAUGGACCAUCGCCACCUGGUAUCGGGCCUCCACCAGGUCAUGGGCCGUCACCUACUGGACAUGGGCCCUCGCCUUCUGGACAUGGGCCCUCGCCUUCGGGACAUGGUCCGUCACCACACGGCCUCCCGCACGCUGGGCUCGGUCCCCUGGGCCUGCACAGGCCGCAUGCGCCGGGCCCGCCUGGCGCAAUGCCCCCUACCUCCAGCCCGCACGGCAUGCCAAGUUCUGGCCUUCCGGGCGGCCCGCUUGCUAUGCAUCGUGGCAUGCCACCCGGCCUGGGCGGUCCUCUCGGCGUUCCGCUGCAGAACCGGCCACCGUCGUCGGGACCACCACCACCACGUUCUACGCCCCCUGUGGAUCAGGAACCGCCGGUACGAAUCAAAGCCGAGGUUAAAACUGAACCCGAGUAUCGGUCGCCCACCGCGUCGCCGGCGCGGGAUCCUUCGCCCACGCCGCCUCGCGACGAACCUCCUCGACAUCCAAAAAUCAAGCAUACAGAGAACAAGGACCGCAGGCCGCGCUACCCGCUCGGGCCGUACGCACCACAGUACGGGCCGUACGGGCCAUACGCGCCCCCGCCGGGGCCGGCAGACCGCGGCGUCCCGCCAGGCCCGCGCGGGCCGCUCCCGCACCCUCUGUCGCACCACCCGUACGCGCCCGAAGCGCGGCCGCGGAGCCCCGCGCUGGAGGCGGGCGGCGGCAGCGGCGCGGGCUACCUGCCGCCGCACCUGCGCGGGGCGCGCGCGCCCUUCCUGCCGCCGGCGGCGCCGCGCUCGCCGGCCGAGGCGGCGCCGGCGCGCCUGGAGCCGCUGGGCGUCGUCAAGCAGGAGAUGCCCGACUCGCCCGCGCCGGUGCCGCCCGCGCAGCCCUCCCCCGCGCCCGGCCCGAGCCCCGUGCUCGCGGGGCCUGGCCUGGCCGGCCCGGGGCUGGCGGGGGCCGGCAUGCUGGGCCCGGGGCUGGCAGUGCCGGGCAUGGCGGGUCCGGGCCUGGCCGGGCCGGGCAUGGCGGGUCCGGGUCUGGCCGGGCCGGGCAUGGCGGGCCCGAGCGGGCGCGAGGAGGGCAGCGUGUUCGGCGGGCUCGUGAGCUACUUCUCGAGCCAACACGAGGACGACGACAUCGACGCGUAG